AUCAGUGAAAAGAGAAGUACUAAGCUCCACUUUUAUGUAUCCUUGGAAGCUCCCAGUUUUUAUAUAUGUCAGUCCGUUUGAUGAUUUGAUCUCAUUCUGUUCCGCUUCUUUUGGAAAACAUACAUACAAUCCAUACAUGCCACUGAAUCUAAUCCAUUCCAAAUGUUCAAGAAAAGAUUUUUAACUUUUACAUGCAAAUAAGACCCGGUCCAAAUUUGGAACUUGCAGUUUCCGUUGACUUCUUCUUGGUCCAGAAGUAGAGAACAUACCUCUUUUUCAGAGAAUUUGUGAAUUUCUGGUUUUUCGAGAUUUACCUUGGAAUCUGUUAAGAAGCUUGGUCAGAAGAGUAAAGGUGAAGCAGUGGUGAAGCAAGAAGCCAAGACUCGUGUAAGGAAGACUAAAGUGCAAAAGAAGGCAAUGAGUCUAAACGACAGAAGCUUUUGUAUUUUACUGAGAAAACUACUUGUAGUAUUAAGAGGAUGUUGCAAUAAUAUGGCAUCAGCUAGGGAAUUUCAUUAACAUGGAGCCCUUGGAAUAGUAUAACAACAAGAUUUUCUCUUACUGGGCAGCAAAAAUGGCUUUGGCUUCUUCUGUCAAAGUGGUUCUAGGCUCAAUUGCUUUUGCAAUCUUCUGGGUAUUGGCGGUUUUCCCAGCUGUUCCUUUUCUGCCAGUUGGGAGGACUGCAGGGUCCCUCCUGGGGGGCAUGCUAAUGGUCAUAUUUCAAGUCAUAACUGCAGAUCAAGCAUAUGCUGCAAUUGAUCUUCAAAUCCUUGGUCUUCUCUUUGGGACCAUGGUUGUCAGUGUAUAUCUUGAAAGGGCAGAUAUGUUCAAGUACUUGGGAAAGUUGCUCUCAUGGAAGAGUAGAGGGGCAAAGGAUUUAAUUUGUCGAGUCUGCCUGAUUUCUGCCAUUUCAAGUGCUUUUUUUACUAAUGAUACCUCUUGUGUAGUUUUGACUGAAUUUGUCUUGAAAAUUGCAAGGCAACAUAAUCUCCCACCUCAUCCUUUCCUUCUUGCCCUGGCCUCUAGUGCAAAUAUUGGAUCGGCAGCAACUCCAAUAGGCAACCCCCAAAACUUGGUUAUAGCCGUUCAGAGCAAGAUAUCUUUUGGAAAUUUUCUAAAAGGAAUUCUCCCUGCAAUGAUCAUGGGUGUAAUUGUCAAUGCCCUACUUCUUCUAUGUAUGUACUGGAAGUUGUUAUCUAUUGAAAAGGUUGAGGAAGAUGUAGAUUUAGAAGUUCUUGCAGAGGAGGAACUGAAUUCUCAUCGUUUUUCACCAGCCACAAUGACACAUUUUACACCCUUGAAUUCUCCUGGCAUGAGUGUUCCCAUGGGACAUGUUGAGAACCUUAGGAACCGAUCAGUUCCGAGUGCAAAUGAAAUCCAAGGGGUUCCUAGUGGCACAUUGGAGUCUGCAAGAAAUUCUAAUGCAUCGAAAGAGGCAGCAAAUGAUGUAUCUUCUCAGGUAAAGGAGGAAACAAUCCCUUCAGAAGGAAAAGAUGAUUUGACCACGAGAUGGAAAAAAAUAUUGUGGAAAUCAUGUGUUUACCUUGUUACUAUAGGAAUGUUGAUUGCUUUGCUUCUGGAUCUAAAUAUGUCGUGGACUGCAAUUACUGCUGCGCUUGCUCUUAUGGUUCUUGAUUUCAAGGAUGCUAGGCCAAGCCUUGAAAAGGUCUCCUAUUCUCUGUUAGUUUUCUUUUGUGGAAUGUUUAUCACAGUUGAAGGCUUUAACAAAACUGGAAUCCCAAGUACUCUAUGGGACUUUAUGGAGCCCUAUUCAAAAAUCGACCGUGUUAGUGGGAUAGCAAUUCUCGCCAUUAUCAUACUUGUCAUGUCAAAUUUGGUUUCAAAUGUACCAACUGUUCUCUUGCUUGGAGCACGAGUGGCAGCAUUGGCAGCUGCAAUUUCUGCAGCUGAUGAGAAGAAGGCAUGGCUAAUCUUAGCUUGGGUCAGCACAGUAGCUGGGAACCUCUCAUUAUUGGGAUCAGCUGCCAACAUAAUCGUGUGUGAGCAGGCUCGCCGAGCUCCCGAACAUGGGUACACUUUAUCCUUUUGGAGCCAUCUCAAAUUUGGAGUCCCCUCAACUCUUAUAGUCACUGCCAUUGGUUUGACACUUAUAAGAUGAUGUUGAUGCUCUUACACAUGACACACAAUGUUUUUAUGUAAUAAAUUUUGUAGAGGAAGAUUGUUUCAACAUUUGAGUAGUUCGAAGCUGACAAAUGUUGUUUUUCUCUUAAUCUCUAUUUAAUCAUAACGUUUUUCAAUAGUUGCUGAGUGAUUAUUUCAGAUA